GUAUGCUUUCAAGACCAGGAAGUGUCCAGAGAACUUCAACGAGGCCAAGUUCAUUGGCUUCACCAUGUACACCACCUGCAUCAUCUGGCUGGCCUUCCUCCCCAUAUUCUAUGUCACAUCCAGUGACUAUAGGGUUCAGACGACCACCAUGUGUAUAUCGGUCAGUCUGAGCGGCUUCGUGGUGCUGGGCUGCAUGUUCGCUCCCAAGGUCCACAUCAUCAUGUUCCAGCCCCAGAAGAACGUGGCCAGCCACCGAGUGAACCUCAACAGGUUCAGUGUCAGCGGGCCCACCACCUCCUACCCCUCUCAUGCUUCGGUCAGCACCGCCCAGUACGUCCCCACCGUCUGCAACGGGAGGGAGAUCGUUGACUCCACCACUUCCUCUCUGUGACGAGCCCCCUUGUAUCUGCCCCCCCCCACUGCCCCCCCCCCCACCCCCCCACCCGAAUUCCUCGACUGUUAGAAGAAAAUGAAAAAAAACACCAUCAUCCCCCAUGUAUUCUUUCAAGCACACAUUCUCACACACACACACACACACACACACACACACACACACACACACACACACACACACACACACACACACACACACAUCCUGCAGACAAAUGCAUUAGAAAGCACAGACACACACAUGGACACGCACACACAGACACACACUUCAACCUCACUCGUGGACUAGAACUUUAUUGUUUCACAUAUGUAGAAAGUGUGUAACUAUGAUUAAAUUAUUUUCUAGGGAUGUAAAUAUAAGGAAUCAAUAUUGUUGUAAGUAGAGACACAAAAGAACAAAAAAAAAAGUUUUUAGGAGGAAUUUUGAAGCCUUUGUUUUUUGAUAGCAGUUUGUUAUGAUACUGUGUAAAUAGCCAGGGUAGCAAUCAUGGGGAGGGAGGAGGGGGAGGAGGGGGAGGGUGGAGGGGGAGGAGGGGGAGGCGUGGGGGGCUGGCAGUGUGUGGAUGGCCGCCCCACCCUUCAAUAUCCGGUGGACUUUUAUUUCGAUGCUUUUUUGUAGUUUUCAUGGUAAUAACUGACUGUAUGCAUUUCUAUUGUGUAUCUGUAUAUUUGUAUGAUAUACUACUGAUGGUUCGAACAGCACAAUGUUAACAUUAUUGUAACUUUAGAAUGAGUGUGGAAUAGCCUAGAAUAUAUACGAAGGACAAGUAAAAAA